UUCGUCCUUUCAAAGCUCCAGAACUUAACAAUGGUUAAUUUUGAUACAUUUCAUGUUUGUCUAAAUAAUGUAGACAUUUGUGAAAGGAUAAGAAAUAUGACAUGAUUAAACGAUAGAGAAGUAGAUUGACAAAUACGAUACGGCGAAAGACCGAGUAUUGAAUAUUAUGGCACGAAUGUUCUUUCCCACGAUUUUCAUAUCAUGCUAAAUCAUGUCACAAUACCAUGAUACGAAUGUUUGUUUAGCGCAACAUGCUACCUUUAUUCAUGUAAAGAAAGGAAUAUGUAUGUACUUUGAUGAAAUGAAACUUCCACCGAAUUUGUUUAUUCCAGGUGAUCUUAUUUUCUUUUCGGCUAUUCGUAUUACAUGAUCCUUUAUCACAUGCCUUCUUCAUACUAUAAAAACGACUGUUCCUCCCGUUUGUUCAUACAUGUUUAUCAAUUUUCGAUUGAUUAAAUUUAAUAAAAAUGAUCAUAUACGCAAAACAUAUAGCAAACUUAAAACUUUAAUUAAAAAGUCUCUCUUUCUCCCUCUCUCCUUCUUUCUCAGUGUGCUCGCGCAAACUGUCCAAUAACUAAAUAUGUAUAUGUUAUGUCUAUAAACAUCUGUUGGUUGCGGACGCUCGCGCCCAACAAUACCAUUAAGCGCUCAACGAAGAAACGUGUUAUUUCUCGGCAAAGUCAAUAUCGAAAUAUCAACGAUAACUACCUGCCAACAAUUUGACAAGAAUGAAUGAACAGUCGAGACUAGUACUUGAUAUAAUCCCCUUUAAACGAUUGUAAAAAUCUGAGAAAUAGAGAGAUUGUGCCGCAUUAAAUAGUAAUAAAGUGCUAUUUUCUUCUUUACUCGCAACAUGUUUAAAACCAUUUGGCAUUUGUUUGACACGAGAAAGGUGUAGUGUAACGUAGCUGCUGUGCCGUGCUGUGCUGCUUUUUUUUUUAUCUCUGAUUGAUAUUUGUCCUUUCUAAUAAUUCUAAUAUUCAAGGAGCUAAACAGAAAUAUGUGUAUAAUAGAACAGCAAUAUUUAUUAUUUCAUUUUGUUGAUAGAAAAUAAUUUCAGUGAAUCGAUGUUGAAACAUGUGUGAUAUUGAAAUGUGAGGAAGAAGACCAAAAGCUUGUUUCUGCAUUUGAUCGAUUACGCAUGGAAAGGACAACGGAAUAAAAAUAGAUCGAAUCUUUUCUUCAAAUACAAUACAGCUAAAUUAGAAAAUCGAUCGAAAAAUUUGAAGAUGGAGUUAAAGCGGAUAGAGAAAAAACGAAAAGCUUCGUACGAUGGCAAUCUUCGUCGAGCGAUGUUUCCCAUAUAUUAUCUUGGUAAAUUGUGUGGUGUGGUUCCAGUAAGAUUUUACGUGCACGCUUCUGAAGGAUGUCAGGCUCGUUUAAAUAUCAUAGACCUCGUCUAUAGUUUGUGCGUACUGAUACUACUGCUCGGCGCGGAAAUUUGGGGCCUAUGGCGAGAUCUGAAAGACGGCUGGGAGCAUAGUACCAGACUGAAAUCUCGGACAGCGGUGAUCGCGACAUGCAGCGAUGUGCUUGGAGUAAUGAGCUUAACGGUCGUUUGUAUCGUUGGCUCCCCUUUCCGAUGGAAAUCCCUGCAACUUGUGAUAAACAAAUUAAUCGAGGUAGAUAAAAAAAUCGGUGUAUCGUCUACAAAGAAAGCUCGAAGGUUCACGAUUUGUUUAACGAUAUGUAGCCUCGUCUAUCUCUGGUUCAAUUCGAGUUUAGACUUUUAUUCAUGGAGUCGCAAAGCAAAAAGCCAAACAUUUGCUGACAAAGGUCCUAUUAACUAUGCACCUCUAUACGUAAUGUACACUGUGAUCAUUUCGGCAGAAAUCCAAUAUAGCGUGGCAACGUAUAAUAUAGGACAAAGAUUAGUUCGCUUGAACAGUAGCCUGAAAAGUAUGUUGGAUACAAAUAAUACAAAUAAUAGUAACAACGACGAUGCGAUCGGCUAUUUUCGAAAAUUUUCCGAAACAGCAGCUAACGACAUUGGAGGCAAGAAAGGAUGGAACAUUACACCAAAACGGCAACUCGUAUUAGGCAGCUAUAGAUUGUCACGGAAGAUGGAUGAAAGCAAAACCUACGUAAACAGUAUAUCUGAAUUGAUAAUGGUUCAUUCUUUACUUUGCGACACAGUAUCCCUCAUAAAUACUGCUUUCGGUGUCGUACUACUAGCCGUCACUAUAUCCUGUCUAUUACAUCUAAUCAUCACGCCGUAUUUCUUGAUCGUGCAAGCUAAUGAAAAACACGAAUGGAUAUUUCUAGUCGUACAAGCUGGAUGGUGUAUCAUUCACAUAAGCAGAAUGCUGAUAAUCGUUCAACCUAGCUAUUCCACAGUCGCGGAGGGAAAAAGAACGGCAACUCUCGUUAGUCAGUUACUUUCUUGUUGUUUUGAAGCAGACGUCCGACGAGAAUUGGAAAUAUUUUCGCUUCAAUUGUUGCAUCGACCUUUGGAGUUCUCAGCAUGCGGACUCUUUUCCUUGGACAGAAACUUAAUAACGUCGGUAAGAAUUCUUGAUUACUCGUAUGAAAAGCAAAUGCAUUUAAGCAAUACGUAAAACAUAUAUUAUUAUAUUUAUAUUGAUUGUGUGCAUGUACGCACAUAUGAUUUAGAUCGCGGGAGUUAUAACAACGUAUCUCGUUAUCCUGGUACAAUACUGAGCAAGAGAGGAAGAGUGAUAGAGAGACAAUCGCAUAUUACGAUAAUGACAUUUAAUAUACCAAUUCUCGUAAACAGCGGUAAUAUACAAAUACAAGUUACUCGUAUCAUAAUCCAACUACUAAUAAUAACGAGUUGUUCCAUCGAUCGAACGAUCGACGUUUAAUUAAGAGCGCACCUCGUACGGUGUCUAGAACUAGACGUCAGUCACAGCCUAUCCAAAAUAUUCCUCGGCCUCGUCUUGCUGUAUCUCUGAGAAGGGAAUAAGAUCGCCUAAAAACGGGAAACUUGAAUAGUCUCGUUUGAAGAAGCCAGGUAUCUCCUCGUUGAAUCAACUUAUACGCCUAUGUAUACAUACGAUUGUAUAAGACAAAUACAACCUAUCGUAUACUGA